ACACGACACGUUGGCUGCGUAGUCGUCGUGUCGUCCACCGUGCAGCCGGCAUGUCGCCCGCCCAGCCUACAUGUCGGCUGGGCGAGGAGGCGUCAGUCGGCUGGCGAGCAGCCGACAGUCGGCUAAAAUAGUCUCUAGUAGAAGACAUUUGCACAUUAAAUAAGUGCAUCACAUGAGACCUCCCAGGGCUUUCCUGAGAUGUUUUAACAUUAUGUGGUGAGUUUGCCGUCUAUUGAGCGGGCAAUCACAAAAAUAACUAAAAUGGGGCUUUCCCAUUUUGAUAUAGUACUUACCUUGAUUUAUAUGAUACGUAGAUCACAGUUAAUAAAAUAAUACGACGAAUGUUUCGUCCUCCAACUGUGAUAUUAGAACACGUGUUGUCACUCUAAAGCCGCGGUUCCACUGCAGCGCACGCUGUGCACGGGCACGCUGCGCACGUAUUCAUUUGUUUAACAACGUGGGUCAACGUUUCCACUGCAGCACACGCUAUACACGAAUAAUAUAACCUCACGACUAUGUCCGACUAUAGCACAGCACAGUCUUGACUCAUACGCCUUGUGGAUACCACGCAUUUCAUGAAUCUUGUAAAAUGACAUUGGAACUGAGUUUGUUAGACAGUUCGUCAGACGAUGAAUUCGAAAGUGAGAUCGAUGAUCUAUUAAUAAGUGAAUUGCGAAGGGAAAGAAAAAGAAAACACCGUUUUUGGAUAGAAAAUCAUAUUACAUUCAGAAAUAAUCACGGAGAAUACAAGACGUUAUUUAUGACACUAAGUAAUGAAAAAUUUGAAGAUUAUUAUCGACUAUCACGACACCAUUUUCAAAUUAUACAUGAAAUGAUUAAAGAAAAAAUUGAAAAAAUGGAUACUACUUAUCGAGAAUGUAUAAGUUCUGCCGAAAGGCUUGCCAUCACCCUGAGAUACAUGGCAACAGGAGAUUCAUACCAAACCAUAGCUUAUAGUUACAGAAUCGGUAAAACCACUGUAGGAAGGAUAAUCAAUGAAGUUACCGAUGCUAUAUGGGAUUGUUUAAAACCAUUAGUUCUAGAAGAAAUUAAAGAUGAACAUAAGUGGAGAAAAAUUUCUGAAAAUUUUCAAAUUUCUUGUGACUUUCCUCAUUGUGUUGGAGCUAUUGACGGCAAACAUGUGACAAUAAAAGCACCUCCAAACUGUGGUUCAGAUUACUUUAACUAUCUUAAGGCCGGGACUCCACCAAAGCAGAGAUGUGUGCGGUGUGCUGUGUGCUGUGCGAGAAGAGAUGUUUUUCAGCUCGCGGGACUCCACCAAAGCGGAGAUGUGUGCGGUGUGCUGUGUGCUGUGCGAGAAGAGAUGUUUUUCAGCUCGCGGGACUCCACCAAAGCGGAGAUGUGUGCGGUGUGCUGUGUGCUGUGCGAGAAGAGAUGUUUUUCAGCUCGGGUGCGGGGCGUUGAGUGCUCAGUACGCAUUCUGACACGAAAGGUAGACGAUGUCGCUAUUAUUACAAAAAAAGUAUCUUCUUUUACUUGAAGAAGAACUACAGUCUGAAGAAGCAGAAUUGAUAGCUUUAUACUACCUAAACAAAAGAAAACAUCGGUUUUGGAAAAGAAGUCACUUGUAUUACCAUACCAGUCAUGGAGAAUUUUUUACUCUGUUUAAUGAGUUAGAUGAUGAAAGUUUUACCAAGUCCUACAGACUACCGAGGAAUAUAUUCUACGAACUACAUAACUUAAUUAAACCGCAUAUAUUUAAGCAAGAUACUAACUACAGGAGAUCUAUCUGUACCCAAGAGCGGCUAGCAGUAUGUUUGAAGUAUUUGGCGACUGGUUCAAAAUUUUCACAAAUAGCUGAAAAUUUUAGGAUUGGAAAAUCGACUGUUCCAAGAAUUAUAGAAGAUGUCUGCGAUGCCAUGUGGACAGUAUUAC